AUGACACGAACCUCUAUAGCUUACAAAGAUACCUUCUUAUUUAUUGCUCUUAUGAAUGGUUCCUAUAGUGAUGAUACCUAUAAUAUUGAACAUUCUCAAAUGAAUGAUGCAGCAAACAAACUUAUGUCUGAUGGAAAUGCGGUAGUUGACUGGGCAAAAGAAGUCGGUCUUGAAGUAAACUUUAGUAAAACUAAAGUUAUGAUACUUGGGAGCAAUAAAAAACUAAGAAAUCUAAACAACUGGGAUCUGCCUCAAAUUAUCAUUGAUGGUAAUAUUAUACCUUACAUCACUCGUAAAGUUUAUGGUACAUUAAAUUGUCUAAAACACAGAAGAAACAUACUCUCUACUUCAACACGUAAACUACUAGUCAUGACUACUAUAAUUCCAAUUGUUGAAUACUGUUCCUUAGUUUUGAUUGACUUAUCCAAAAGGCUAGACUACAAACUUCAACAUUUUUAA